AUGAGCACAAUUUCCGAAACACUGUUGAAUCGGAUCGAUGAAGUCAAUGACAGGUUUAAUGAAACUGUGGCAAUGAAGAAGUCAGACAGUGAAAAAGAUGAAAAUGUGGAGGAACUCACCAAGAAGAAAUCCUCCAAAUGGGAGAAAUUUGGAAUCGGCCUCAGCCUGGGUGUUUGCUACUCGGCCAGUACUGGAGGCAUGGGAACUCUAACCGGAACUCCAACGAAUCUUGUCAUCUACAAUCUUCUCACUGAUGUGUAUGGACCAGAUACGGGCCUGAAUUUCGGUUCAUGGAUGGCUUACGCCUUUCCCAUAUCCCUAUUGACUCUAUUCUGCAUUUGGUUUGUGAUCUGUAUCAUUUAUCUCGGCCCAAAACAAUUAUUUCGCUGUUCAAGACGAAAACGCAGGUUUAGCACGGGUUCAAUAGAAAGUGUUCUUGCAAAUGAAGAAAAUAAAAACGAGUGCAAUAAACAUGAAGAAAAUGAUGAAAUUUCCUUGGCCUGUAUAGUGAAACAGAUUCUUACCGAAGAAGAGGAAGUUCUCGGACCCAUGACUUGGGCAGAAGGAACAGUUUUAACUCUUUUUAUCUCCGUGGUAAUUCUGUGGAUAACAAGAGAGCCUGGAAUUCCCGGUUGGUCGAGACUUAUGCCGUCUAAAACGAAUUCGAAAAGUAGGGUUAUUAACUAUGUCGGUGACACCCAGCCAAUAGUUUUGAUGGCGUUUCUUGCAAUGGUCCUGCCAUUCAAUAAUCCAUUCAAAAUACGCGCUAGACCAGACGAAACUCGCAAGGAGGCCUGGCAGAGAAUAAAUCGACCUCUCCUACCCUGGGCUGUAGCUGAAUCCAAAUGCGCUUGGGGAGUCGUUGUUCUAAUUGGCGGUGGCUUUGCCCUUUCAAAAAUAGUAACGUCGUCGGGUCUGUCAACAAUUAUCAGCGAUUAUUUGAUCGGAGUUGGCAAGGUGCCAAUAUUUGUAAUAGUCUACCUCCUGACAAUGAUGUCCUCAUUUAUAACGGAAAUGGUAUCAAACACCGCCACCGUCUCGAUUCUCACUCCCAUCAUGUUCGAACUCGCGAGUAAAUUAUCGCUUCAUCCGUUGACGCUGGCACUUCCUCUCGUAAUGGCAACCUCCCUGGCGUUCACCUUGCCUGCCGCCACCCCACCAAACGCCAUCAUUAUUGCCAAGGGUCGCGUUCGCCUGCUUGAAAUGAUGAAAACGGGAUUCUUACUUAAUCUGCUGGCUCAAAUCAUUGUGACCGUUUGCACGAUGACUUACGGCGUGGCGUUGUUUAAUCUGGAUACUGUUCCGAACUGGGCAGUCAACAUUACUGCCAACAGAUAG